GUUCGCGCCUGCGUGCAGUGAGCGCGCGGGAGAGUCGGAAGUCUGAAACAGUGUAAACAACGGACACGUAUUACUAAUGCUGCCAUGUUUUUAUAUAGUAAUACACCACAGGAUCUUCCCUAAAGGAGAAAUUAAAUGUUCCUCCCGUUCGUCGUCAUCUCAGGUGUUUCUGACAACAUGGCGGAUGAUUUCAGCGAGUCCCUCACUCCUCCAGUCUCCCCCUUUGCAACAGACAGCCAGAAUGAUCUGGCCUGCGCCCGGCCGCCAUGUUUCUGCUGCUCUGAAGUGAAAGAUGAGGCUCUGUCCACAGACGGAUACAUUUCACGAGGGUCCCUAAAACGGCUGCUGCUGCGUCUUGAUCCAGCACCUACAGAGUAUGAGAAGGACACGGUGGAGAUUUUCGGCUUCCCUUGGGUCACAGAAACGGCUCUGGUUGAAUCUACAAAAUUACUUUUUGGUCUUUUUAGUCAAAAGGUUUACAGACUGGAGAACCUGGUGCAGUCCAACUCACACGACUUUGGGCAAGCAGGCAGUCUUCACUAUGAGGCUGGACUUCGACAACAGUGUGUUUGGUUUCUGCAGUACAUCAAAGUCUUCUUGCACAGAUUUCUGGAACCUUCAGUGUCUCUGGAUGCAGCUCACCCACCUUAUGAGGAGCUGGAGAGUCAGUUCCCCUCUGCUCUUCGAGAACUGUUUAGCAUCACCCUCCUCACAGGACGACUCAAGGACCUGCCUGCCAGUGUUCAAAGCUCCUUCUGCAUACAGAACCAUGGGAGGAUUCUUCCACCCUCUUGGCAUUUGUUGCACCUUCAUCUUGACGUACACUGGUCGGUUCUGGAGAUCUUGCACACACUUGGUCAGAAGAUGCGAGGACAGGUGGUUUACGCCCCACCGAUUUGUUAACCUGACCGGGAGAACCUGACGGAUACCAGCCUGUUUGAGGAGCACCUGCGUGCUCUGCUGUGUGACCUCACCGGUCUGGCCAUGGGCAAAUACAACAAGGUGAGGCCCACGGAUGCACUGAGCAGCAAUCAUUACUCUUGCCUCUGCACCAAAGAGCUCUGGGUCCUGCUCAUGCACCUCCUGCAGCACAGGAGCAAAGUGCUGCGCACAGAGUCCUUCUGGAGCUACAUGAAUUCCCUGCUGAGGCCCCUGGUUUCAGGGAAGCCUGCUGCGGAGAAUUCCAGUGUCUUCCCACACUGUAAAGACCCUGUGGGCUUUACCUGGUGGCUGAUAACUCACCUGGCCAUGCUGGGUCAGUACGGCCGCAGCGGCACUGGUCUAAAACGAGGUAAGAGACCGAGAGUUGCAAAACUUGCUGGGAGAAAAAGUCUGCGACAUAAAUGUUGUCAUAUGUUCUGUCCCGUUUUCUUUUUACACACUCAGAAACAUCUGGGGCACAACUGGACGUUUGUGGAGGAGUUGCUCCGGUUAACCUGCAGCCCAAAGGAUGGUCUAGCAGAAGAGCAGGUCAGGAUGCACGUCCACUGCUGCCUCAGUCUGUGUCUGCUGUGGGAGCCGAGCACCUCGGCCGUCUCAGUCCUCUGGGAUUAUUACAGCAGGAAUCUGAAUGGCUCCUUUAUCGUGCCCUGGUUGGGGGUGUCUGGUCUGGGAACGGUGUGCAAAACGCCUCUGGCUCUGUUGGAGCAGGCACGCAGCUGCUGCGCUCCCUCUCCCUGCUCUCCAGGUCACACCCAGCUCUAUAGCUCUGCCAACUCCUUCCACAUAUUCCUCCGAGUCCUGGCCCUGUGCCUCUCCCAGGACGGGGCCGGUGGGGUCCCACAAAGGCAGAUCAAAGGGAGAGCUAGAUUCGUUGUGCUGUUCUGUGAAUGUGUCUGUCCUUCCAGACGGGUCCAUCAACGCAGCGUCCAGUCAGCGCCCGCCCCGGUCUGGGCGCCCACCACAGCCAAUGUGAUUAAAGAGCGCCACCUAGUGGUGGCCGCUGCACUGUGGGCUCACUUCUUCCCCUUCCUGCACAGCCUGCGCCUCUCCCAGACACCUCCAGCACAGCUGGCAGAUGCUGCUGCAGGUUUCACCUUGCUGGCCUUCGAUCUCCCCAGUUCUGCCCCCCAGGACCUUCAACCCCACCCAGUCCAGUCCAUCAUGCAGUGCUUUGGCUGGGACGACAUGGUUCAGCCGAUUCUUGUGACUCGCUACCUCCCCCACAUGCUCCAGAACAGUGAUCUGUUGUCUUCACUGAGUUCUGCUUCUGCUCAGAGCCUCUCUGUGAGAUCCUGGUUCAGAUGUGUCCUGCAGCAGCACCUUCACAAGAACCAGGACGGGACCGACAGCAGAACAGGCCGGGCUCUGGCAGAGCAGCUCAGUGAGCUGACCCGGCUCGUGCUGAGGCUUCCCGAGGUGGACGCUCUUCUGCAAAGAGCCGGACUUCCUCCCACAGCAGCUAGACCGGAGCCCACUUCAGCUCUUGAGACCUUUGUUAAGGCUGUAGGCACCGUGUACAGUCAACUGCAGCUCUUGUCCGAGCGGUCGGCCAUGGUGACCAGAGCCCUGGACUACAUCGGGGACAUCCUGAAGCACAUCAAACCAUACAUGGUUAGCAGGAACCAGGAGGGAAUCCAGCUGGCGUACUGGAUUGUGGGCUGCGUAGUGAAACACUGGAGCCCCCUGCUGGCCACUUCCAAAGCUCAGCAGCUGCUGUUUCGGCUCGUAGACGGACUGCUGCUUCCCCACCAUCUCCCACAGCAGGACAGAGCUUUGAGGGACAGCCUGCCUCUCUUCCUUCAGGGUCUGUCCGUGGCCUCCAGUGUGUCUCAGCUGCAGAGCUCUUGCCUCAAGCAGCAGCUUUGCUCUGUAAUCCACAGAUAUCUGGACCAUUUCCUCCCCGCAGCCCCUUCUAUGGGCGUUGUUGCUAACCACCCGGUACUUCUUGGUGCCUGUGAGGCCGCUCCAACCCCUCAGGGAGCGUCGCUGAGGAGGACCAUCCUGGAGGUGCUUUGUGAGCGCUUCCUCCAGUUUAAAAGCCGUGCUCCUCCUCCUCGCCUCUCAUCGGUCCUGAUGUUCCUGUUGGAGCUCCUGAGAAGAAACGGUGACACAGAUGUUUCCCUCCUCACCCUCCCUCUUCCCUCUCUCCUGCGCUGUUUGAUGCUGGUCAAUGAGCCACAAGUGAGGAAGACGAGCACAGAUGCAUUACAGCUGGUGGUGGAGCGGUGUGCUGCUGCAGCAGCAGGAGGACCCUGCAUGCAGAUGAUUAGUGCCCUGAGGUCAUUUGUGGAGGAGAAUGAAGGCGUGUACGACAGGCAGGUUUACGGUGUCCUGGAGACGGUGGCCAUCUUAGAUCCCACUGUGGUUGAAGCUCUUAUACCCAGCCUGUCUCUUAGUCUGAGAAACGCAGAACACAAGAGAGGACUGGGCAAGAACAUCACCCUGAGGAGCGCAUACAUGAAGCUGCUGGGUCUGCUCGGAGAAGGUGGGCAAGCGGAGAUAACCAGCCUGGAGGGCGACUAAGAAGUUUCUCUGAGUGUGUGUGUGUGUGUGUGUGUGUGUGUGUGUGUGUGUGUGUGUGUGUGUGUGUGUGUGUGUGUGAGACAGAUUUAAACGGACUCUUCUAACAUUUUGACGUGCCUCUGUGUAAAAGAUCUAAACAAUCUUAUUUGAUGUGGAUGGUUAUCUGAACAGCCUCUGCUCAGAGAAAUAGUCAACACCCAACAGGACUUAGGAGCUAACAGCUAGUCAGUUACAUUAUAACGAUAUUUUAGUAGAAAGUUUAGAAAAAAUAAGAAUUGUUGGAGAAUUUUAAAGAUUUGAGCAGUUUUUUUUUAACCACAUCUACACUUUGGGCUAUGUUCUUGAACUGGCUGUUAGCCUAUCAGUCCUGGCAGAUGUAAACUCCAUUUCUGUUAAUGGAGGCCAUUUGUGAAUUUAGCCUCAUUGAAUAUGAUUGUCAUUAUUUCUUUGAACUUUAAAAGGGUCAUUUCAGUUCUUGGACAAGCCUGUAGUCAUUAGUCUGUAUGUGUUGUACAUAUCGUAACAAAAAUGCACCUUUACGUUUUGACUUGCAUCAUAUGAAAAUAAAUGCUAAUCUGUU